CCGAAGAAUCUUUAAUUCUCCACUUCCACUGUUCCACUCCAUUCCUUUGUCGCAUCGAAGACAGAUAAGUGGAGAUGGAUUCCGACGAGGAGCUAGACACUGUGCCACUGAGCCGGCGGCCGGAGUUGUCAGACGUGACUCCGCUCCCUCAGGACGACGGUCCAAAUCCUGUGGUGCCAAUCGCCUACAAGGAUGACUUCCGCGAGACCAUGGACUACUUCCGUGCUCUCUACCGCGCCGACGAGCGAUCCCCUCGAUCGCUUCUGCUUACCGAAGAGGCCAUCAACCUCAACCCCGGAAACUACACUGUCUGGCAUUUUAGGAGGCAGAUACUUGAGUCUUUGGAGGCUGACUUAUUUAGAGAACUGGAUUUUGUGGAUCAAGUUGCGAAGAAGAACUCCAAGAACUAUCAGAUAUGGCAUCACAGACGUUGGUUAGCUGAGAAAUUGGGAACUGAUGCUAAAUGUAGGGAACUUCAGUUCACCCGGAGGAUACUUUCUCUGGAUGCCAAAAAUUAUCACGCCUGGUCACAUAGACAGUGGGUGCUUCAGGCACUUGGAGGGUGGGAAGAUGAGCUUAAUUACUGCGAUCAGCUGCUUGAAGAAGAUGUUUUCAAUAACUCUGCGUGGAACCAGAGAUACUUUGUGGUGACUAGAUCUCCUGUAUUGGGAGACCUCAAAGCAGUAAGAGAAUCCGAAGUGAGUUAUACCGUGAAGGCCAUUUUAUCCAACCCUGAGAAUGAGAGCCCAUGGAGGUAUCUUCGGGGCCUGUUCAAGGAUGAUGCUCAAUCAUGGGUUAACAAUUCUCAGGUUUCUUCAGCAUGCUUGAAGGUUCUUAGUGUCAAAGCUAACUACGUGUUUGCUUUGAGCAUGCUUUUGGAUCUUAUCUGCCAUGGUUUCCAACCAACCCAAGAGUUCAGAGAUGCCAUAUAUUCACUUAGGGCUUCAGACUCUGACCCACCUGAAUCUGACUUGGGUAAAGCAAUUUGUUCAGUUUUGCAGCAUGUGGAUUCGAUGAGAGCCAACUACUGGAUGUGGCGCAAGAGCAAGCUGCCUGUAACAAUGUAAAGCAUAUUAACGAGAUUUUCUUGCUUGUUCUUGUUUUACUGGCUAAAUGUUGAAUGUACUGCGACUCUGUGCUUGUUGUAAGUUGUCCUAUAUAGGAAUAAGUCCUUUCGGCUUUUACAGCGCUAACCUGGCAGCGGUUGUAAAGUUUAGUCAUAUUCAUUAGAAAGGGAACGUUUGUUUGGGGAUCGAUCCAGGGAUCCAUCUGGAAAUGCGAUGCCGUGUUUUUUAACUCGCUUGUGUUCGAGACGAGUUCUUAACAAGUUUUAAAUGUGGUGUUCGAGAUCGGCUCGUUUACACCCCUUACUA